AUGACCAGCCAUGGUCAGCCUGUUGAGAAGGUUGUUUUGAAACUGCUCAAGAGAGUGAUUCCCAGGCAGAAGAAAAGCAUCACUAUCAAGGACAUUGCGUUGUCUCGAGAAGAAAUAGACGGUGUUAUCCACAGUAACUUUAUAAAGCGUAUAGAGCCGAAGAGGAAGAGAGACUGGGAACAUGCUCCGGAAGAGAUCAGAAAUGUACUGAAAUACGUAUCUGUGUCUGAUGCUAUGCUGCAACCUCGGCUGCUGAGCUACUCUCCGUCGCCGUUCGAUAUAUACACGGAUCCCAAGGUUGUGGACUCUGGCAGCUCAAGGCUGUCACCGGCCAUAUUGCCUCGUUUAAGCGUUACACAGCUGUUGACCAAAUCAUGGUGUGAGCUUCAAGAGCUCUUCAGAAUAUGUACGCAACGUCGUAAGAAAACGUUGGCUCGAAUGGCAUCUGGCCAUCUUAUCCAUGACAAACUGGACCAAGGUUUGAAAGAAGAAGUUUCAAACGAACUUGCAAGACGCCUCGAUGUUGAAAGGUUAGACCCUACAGAACUUCCAACAGUUGUGUUUUCCUCUGAGGAUACACAGGCACUGAAUGUGCUAGCACAAAUAUCUAACCUCUCAGGGCUGUUGCUGAUUGGUGAAGCGAGAGAAGUGUACUGUCAUUCAUUUGUGAAUCUCGAUAAUGGGUUUGUGAAAGAUCCUCAUAGACAUGAUCUUCUAUUAACCGGUAUCAUUGACUAUUUGACAUUCGAAAAUGACCAAGGUCAAAUAGUACAACCAUUAAAAGAUUUCAACGACAUAAGGUGUGUUGAUGAUAUUCUCAAUGCUUUAAGACUUGUGGAGAGUGGGACCUUAUCUCUUGGAGUCUACGAUAUAAAAACUAGACGAGACCAUUCAAUACCUCGUCAAGCCUCGGUUCUUGAGAGUUCCAAGAACCAAAUUCAGAUGUAUGAGAUCAUGCUCUCAACUCUGGGGGAAACCUCUGAAUCAGGGAUGAGGAUGAUGGAGGAAUAUAUGGACAGGAAACACAUUGAUAUUGACAAACCAUUAUCCAAUGACUUUAUUCUGUACUCUCUCGCAUCCCUUCCGUUUAUCAAAGAAGAUUAUAUAAUGGUACAAUCGGGGGCUUUCCAUCUGAAGUAUAACUACUCUAUGAUAUGUGGUGAUCAUUCACAUUCAGAGAUGGAAACGUUCGAUGAAUUCUGUUCAGAAUUACCCAUUUCAAGCAAAUUACAAGAAUUUGCAAAUGAAAACUUUGGAGCAUUAUGCCAAAGCUGGAAAUCGCAUCUCACACUUCGUCAUCUCAUCAUCAUUCUUGUUGAGCUAGUGCAUUGCAUCACUACAUUAACAAACAAAAGAAGUCUGGCAGUCAAGUACUAUAAAGGUGCAGAUGACAAUUUCCAGACUGUCAGACUCUCACAGGAUAAGGCAAGCGUCAGUGCGCUUGUUAAAACCUCUCUAGCAUUUUGGUAUGGGCUCAGGGAAGUUGAACCAAUUGAACGCAACGCAAACAGUUACUAUGACAAAUGUCAGCAUUGUGACUUUAAAGAUUACUGUUCGUGGUCCAAAGGCAUGGUUGAACAAUACGUUGAUAGAAGAGUCAACAGCAUCUAG